AUGCCACCGUCUUCGGUUCUCUCAACACGAUAUAGAACAGCGCGACGGUACCCCGUGAUCUGUCGGGGCCUCACGACUCGCCGCAACAUUGCGCUGUUACUCGCGCGGUGCGAUGCAAGUGCAAGUGCAGGUGCAAUUGUGAAGUGGUGCCAGUUCAACGACAAUAACAACAACAACGAGAAGAACGUACAAGCGGAAUAUUACGCAACGUGGCGAUGCGACAAGCUGGGAAUCAUCCUCGUACCCAGUGAUUCUCGAGCGACGCUUUCCAAGGCAGAUCGGUCAGCGUUCGGGUGUUGGUGCAUGUGCGUUGCCAAGUGUUACGCAGGAAGCAUCGUUCCUCGUUCGAGUACUGGCAACAGAACGUCCGCGCGAAGAACGGUGAAUUCGUAUUACGAAGACGGCGAAUUCUCACCGACCGGCUCGAGUAGUUUGAAUUGUACCGAGCAUCGUAGUUCCAGCAUCUUGACUGCAGCAGCAGAGAGAAAGCAACAGGUAUAUACGUAUAAAUAUGUGUAUACGUUCCCGUAUUCUCCUCGAUGGGUUGCACGUUAUACGGUCGCGUUGCCUGUUCGUUCGCGCACGAACGUGCGCAUGCUCUUGAUCGAAGAUCUUGCCGUGCACAAGCCAAUAUACAGGUAUCGAGCACUGGCGACUCUCUGUGUGUACCUACAUAUGUGUUUUUCAUUGCGGAAGAACUCCAGUUCAAGCGAGCGAGGUUGCAUUCUGCGCUCCCUUAUACACGAGUUUUGCUACUUUCGUAUCUCUGUACGUUUGAUCAACAAUACAUGCUCAUUUCAUACAAAACUUUCUUCAAUUCAAGUCCAUACGUAUGUAAAUUCAUUCUCUGUCACGUUUAGUGUCAAUUUAUUUUAGUGUUUGACGUUUCGAUUUCGAAAUGUCUUAUAAAGUUUGAUCCGUUAAUUAACCGUCGUAUUUUUUUUUCUUUUUUUUUGCCGAGUGAAUUUCACUUUGGUCGUUUCGGAGCUGUUCGUUAAAUAAAUUUAAUUGUCCACGUUUGCCGUGACCCGGUUUUCACCGGUUUUGAAAACUAGCUGAAUUCUUCUUGAUAAUCGUAUCGAGUUUAACGGCAAGCAGACUCGUAAAGUCCGCCGACCGAUCGGCGCAUCGAUUCCGAUUACGAUUUUUACGGAAGGAUUCAAUUAAAAUUAUCAAUACUUUUAUUGGCUGACGUCAGAGCAGCGUUUUACCUGAAAACUAUAAUCACGUUUAUGAUCACGGACCACCUACUCCUUUUCGAGAAUGUUAA